AUGGGGAUUGUGGGGGUGAAAAAAGGGAAGGCUGUCCGGGGGGACUCUCCCCGCCCGCUCCCGGAGAUUUUCCGCCGCGGGGUCGGGGGGGGGCGGGGCGCGCAGCCCCCGCCCUUCCUGAGCCUCGGGGGGCUCCACUUGGCCCACGUCAGGCACGGGGGGCUUUUCUUCGGGGCCAGCACCGAGGGCGGCGCCUCCCCCUUCACCAUCGUCGAGUUCCUCAACAGCCCAGAGCUGCGGAUCGGCCUCACGGAGGAAUUUUGUGUGGGAAAAUCGGAGCUGAGGGGGUACGGCACGCCGGUGCGGGUGGACGAGUGCAGCUUCCACAGCAGCGUCAGCCUGGCCGAGUUCGGCUCCGGCCGCGUCCUCAGCCUGCGCCCCGAGCCCGGAGAGGUCCGGGAAUUCGGGAAAUCCGGGGAAAAUCCGGGAAUUCCGGAAUUCCGGGAACCAAAAAAUCCCAAAAACCCCCGGAACAUUCCGGAACAUUCCCAGCUGGAUCUGUCAUCGCUGGGCCGGGCGUGGCGGCUGGAGCUGGGUCCCGCCCGCGCCUCCUUCGAGCUGCCCGGCGUGUCGUGCUCCGGGCUCCGCGUGCGGCUCCUGCGGCUCUCGGGGGCGGCGGCGCAGCGCUGGCUGCGGCACCUGAGCCACGGCCGCGACUACGAGAUGAGGCUCUGAGAAUUCCAGAGAAAUCCUGGAAUUCCGGAGCUCCGGAGACAUCCCACGGCCGCCACUACAAGAUGAGAUUGUGAGAAUUCCCGGGAAAUCCCGGAAUUCCGGAGCUCCGGAGACAUCCCAUGGCUGCCACUACGAGAUGAGGCUCUGAGAAUUCCAGAGAAAAUCCCGGGAAUUCCCGGAAUUCCGGAGCUCCGGAGACAUCCCACGGCCGCGACUACGAGAUGAGACUCUGAGAAUUCCCGAGAAUUCCUGGAAUUCCGGAGCUCCGGAGACAUCCCACAGCCGUGACUGUGAGAUGAGAUUGUGAGAAUUCCAAAGAAAUCCCGGGAAUUCCCGGAAUUCCGGAGCUCCGGAGACAUCCCACGGCCGUGACUACGAGAUGAGAUUGUGAGAAUUCCAGAGAAUUCCCGGAAUUCCGGAGCUCCGGAGACAUCCCACGGCCGUGACUACGAGAUGAGAUUGUGAGAAUUCCAGAUAAUUCCCGGGAAUUCCCGGAAUUCCAGAGCUCCAGAGACAUCCCACGGCCGCGACUACGAGAUGAGAUUGUGAGAAUUCCAGAGAAUUCCUGGGAAAUCCCGGAAUUCCGGAGACAUCCCACGGCCGCGACUACGAGAUGAGACUGUGAGAAUUCCAGAGAAAUCCUGGAAAAUCCCGGAAUUCCGGAGACAUCCCACGGCCGCGACUACGAGAUGAGAUUGUGAGAAUUCCAGAGAAUUCCUGGAAUUCCGGAGCUCCGGAGACAUCCCACGGCCGUGACUGUGAGAUGAGGCUCUGAGAAUUCCAGAGAAAAUCCCAAAAAUCCCGGAAUUCCGGAGCUCCAGAGCUCCAGAGACAUCCCACGGCCGCGACUACAAGAUGAGGCUCUGAGAAUUCCAGAGAAUUCCCGGAAUUCAGGAGCUCCAGAGCUCCGGAGACAUCCCACAGCUGCGACUACGAGAUGAGGCUCUGAGAAUUCCAGAGAAUUCCUGGAAUUCCGGAGCUCCGGAGACAUCCCACGGCCGUGACUGUGAGAUGAGGCUCUGACAAUUCCAGAGAAUUCCCGGGAAUUCCCGGAAUUCCGGAGACAUCCCACGGCCGCCACUACGAGAUGAGACUGUGAGAAUUCCAGAGAAAAUCCCAAAAAUCCCGGAAUUCCGGAGCUCCAGAGACAUCCCAUGGCCGCGACUACAAGAUGAGAUUGUGAGAAUUCCAGAGAAUUCCCGGAAUUCCGGAGACAUCCCACGGCCAUGACUGCGAGAUGAGGCUCUGAGAAUUCCCGAGAAAUUCCCAGGAAAUUCCCAAAUAAACAGCCCAGAACGAA